AUGUCUCCUGCUGUUGAUACCGCUUCCACCGCCAAAGAUCCAAUCUCAGUCAUGAAAUCUAACGCUUCAGCUGCCGCUGCAGACCAAAUUAAGACCCAUGAAUACGAACAUUUAACUUCUGUGCCUAUAGUGCAGCCUCUACCAAUUACUGAUAGGUUGAGCAGCGAAGCAGCUCAAAAAUAUAAACCUAAUUUGCCAGGUGGGUUCGAAGAGUACAAGUCUUUGCACAAGGAAUCACUUGAAAAUCCAGCCAAGUUUUACCAUGAACGUGCUCAGCUGUUGAAUUGGUUCAAACCAUACGAUCAAGUUUUCAUCCCAGAUACCGAAGGUAAACCAACUUUUGAGAACAACGCUUGGUUUACCAACGGUCAAUUGAACGCUUGUUACAAUUUGGUAGACAGACAUGCCUUCACUCAACCAAACAAGGUUGCCAUUCUUUAUGAAGCUGAUGAACCAGGUCAAGGUUAUAGUCUCACUUAUGCGGAAUUGUUAGAACAAGUCUGUAAAGUUGCUCAAAUCUUGCAAUACUCGAUGAACGUCAAGAAAGGUGACACGGUCGCAGUUUAUAUGCCAAUGAUCCCACAGGCUUUGAUUACCUUGUUGGCAAUUACUCGUAUCGGUGCCAUUCAUUCCGUUGUUUUUGCUGGGUUCUCUUCGAAUUCAUUGCGUGAUCGUAUUAACGAUGCUUACUCAAAGACAGUCAUCACCACCGAUGAAUCUAAGAGAGGUGGUAAGACCAUCGAAACCAAGCGUAUCGUCGAUGAAGCCUUGAAGGAUACCCCUCAAGUAACAAACGUUUUGGUCUUCAAACGUACUCAUAACGAAAAUAUCAAGUACAUUCCAGGUAGGGAUUUGGACUGGGAUGAGGAAGUCAAGAAGUACAAAUCUUACACCCCAUGCGAACCUGUUGACUCUGAACAUCCUUUGUUCUUAUUGUAUACUUCGGGUUCCACCGGUGCUCCAAAGGGUGUUCAACAUUCUACAGCAGGUUACUUGCUCCAAGCAUUAUUAAGUAUGAAAUACACCUUUGACAUCCAAAACGAUGACAUCUUCUUCACCGCAGGUGACAUUGGUUGGAUCACUGGUCACACAUACUGUGUUUACGGUCCAUUGUUACAAGGUUGUACUACUUUGGUGUUCGAAGGUACACCUGCCUAUCCAAACUUUUCUCGUUAUUGGGAAAUUGUUGACAAGUACCAAGUGACUCAAUUCUAUGUAGCCCCAACUGCACUACGUCUAUUGAAGAGAGCUGGUGAUUCCUUUACUGAAGGAUUCUCUCUCAAGUCAUUGCGCUCCUUGGGUUCCGUUGGUGAACCUAUCGCUGCUGAAGUUUGGGAAUGGUACUCUGAAAAGAUUGGUAAGAAUGAGCUACCAAUCGUAGACACAUACUGGCAAACUGAAUCUGGCUCCCACUUGGUCACUCCAUUGGCUGGUGGUGCUACUCCAAUGAAACCAGGUGCAGCGGCAUUCCCAUUCUUUGGUAUUGAUUUGGCAGUGUUGGAUCCAACCACAGGUAUCGAGCAAACUGGUGAACAUGCAGAAGGUGUUCUUGCCAUUAAAAGACCUUGGCCAUCUUUCGCAAGAACCAUUUGGAAGAAUAACGAUAGGUUCUUAGACACGUACUUGAAACCAUACCCGGGCUAUUACUUCACUGGUGAUGGUGUUGCCCGUGAUAAAGAUGGAUUCUUCUGGAUCUUGGGUCGUGUUGAUGAUGUUGUUAACGUCUCAGGUCACAGGUUGUCUACUGCUGAAAUUGAAGCUGCUAUCAUUGAAGAUGAUAUGGUUGCCGAAUGUGCAGUUGUUGGGUUUAACGACGAAUUGACUGGUCAAGCCGUUGCUGCCUUUGUAGUAUUGAAGAACAAGUCUAGUUUAACUGCUGCAAGCGAGUCCGAGUUACAAGACAUCAAAAAGCAUUUGAUCAUCACCGUUAGAAAGGAUAUUGGUCCAUUCGCUGCUCCUAAGUUGAUCGUCCUAGUUGAUGAUCUACCAAAGACUAGAUCUGGCAAGAUUAUGAGACGUAUUUUGAGAAAGAUCCUAGCCGGUGAAUCUGAUCAAUUGGGCGACGUCUCCACAUUAUCCAACCCUGGUAUCGUUAAGCACUUGAUCGAUUCCGUGAAAUUAUAA